GUACGGCGGCGCGUGCAUGCAUGCGUGCCGGAGCACGGCAGACAUCUCCACCAAGCAACCAAACCGUCUUUGGCGUCGCCUCGCUUCGACACAUAGAUGCCCAAUCAUCAUUACCACCACUAUCCCCGUUCAUUAGCCCGCCGACUUAACCAGCUAGCCGGUUAGCCACACGUAUAUAGACCGUUCGCAUAUCUCCAUUCACGAAAGAAGAAUUCAACCUGCUUGUUCAUUAAUUCGCCGGCCGGCGGUGGCAUGAUGUUCAGGUGUUUCGGCCCGUGCAUGCGGCGGCCUCACCAGCGAGGAGCUCGCCACCAUGACCCCAAGAAGACGACGAGCCAGCUGCAGAGCACGGCGUCGUCGGCGUCGUCGUCGUCGGGGCUGGACUUCCGGGAGGAGUACACCAGCGCGUUCCGCACCGAGUCAUACAACGACUUCUGGGCGCGGGUGCUCGACAUCACGCUCGCCCACGGCGCCGCCCUCGUGCCCAGGCCCGCCUCCGCCGCCAGCGCCGCGUCCAAGCGCCUCUCCUCCUACCGCGUCUUCGCCGAGCACCUGCUCGACCCCGACCAGGCCGCCGCCGCCGCCGCGCUCGCGUCCGCGCGCAACCGCCCAGACGUCCACGGCCUCCUCUCCGCCUACUACGACGAGACGGCCGGCGCCUCCUUCCUCUGCAGCCACCUGCUCAAGGACAUCGAGCAGAUCCGCCUGCGCUACCGCCCGCUCAAGGCCGCGCUCCGCGGCAGGCUCGUCCCCGGCGGGAGCCUCGCCGACGUCUCCGCCGCGCUCGGGAAGCCAUUCACCGCCCUGGCGGCCACGCAGGGCAGGCUCGGGGACGCGCGGCUCAGCUCCGCGGACCUCCUCAAGGGCCUCGACUCCGGCAGGAAGGCCGCGCGCCGCAGGAUCAGGACGCUCGCCCGGCUCAGGCAGGCGCUCUCGGUGUCCUUCGUCACGGUCGUCGCCGUCGUGGCCGUCGUCGGCGCGUGCGUCGGCGUGCACGUCCUUGCGGCGUUCGCGGCGUUCCCGAUGAUGUCGCCGGCGUGGCUGGGGCUCUUCAGCGGCCGGGGGGCGCGCCGCGCGCUGGUGCAGCUGGAGGCCGCGGCCAAGGGCACGUACAUCCUCAACCGGGACAUGGACACCAUCAGCAGGCUGGUUGAGCGGGUGCGCGACGAGGGGGAGUACAUGCUCGCGCUGCUGCAGCUCUGCGUGGCGGAGGAGGCCGCCGCCGGCGCCGGCGCCGGGAAGGGGAGGCUGGUGCGGGAGGUGCUCAGGCAGCUGUGCAAGAACGAGGAGAGCUUCAGGCAGCAGCUGGACGAGCUGGAGGAGCACCUCUUCCUCUGCUUCAUGACCAUCAACAAGGCCAGGAGCAUGGUCAUCAAGUUCAUGGCCACCGCCGCGAGCCGGUGAUCACUGAUCAGCACGGCAUACUACAAACUGUACAUAAUAGCAUUCUUUUUUUUUUUUCAUAAAACAGCAAGGAAAAAAUACCCAAAAAAGGUGAGAUAAAAAUUAGGAUUUGAAUUGGUCUUUUUGGUUUUGGUUGUUGUUGUACAUACACGCUGCAUAUUGCAGAAUUUGAAGUAAUAAAUCUAGUUUACUGAUUUUUUUUCA